AUGAUUUGUGUCGCUGACCAUCGACUGCACUUCUUGAAUGGUAGCAGUGUUGCUCGGACUGUCAAUGAGAAAAAACAGGUUUGGGAGUCGAGCACUGCCUUCAUCGACGCCUACAGAGUUGGACAGUUGGAGGCGAAGUCAGCCGUGAAUUUGCUGAACCACAUUCCCCACCAGGUUGUGCAGAAGUUGGCAGCUUUGGUCAGGACUUUUUCCAUGCAGAAGUUCAUCAGCCACGAGCCCAUUGCGAACUGCAUUUUUAACUUGGGUCACGCGACGAGCUCAUCUAGCUUGGAAGUCUGGGAGCCAUUUCUGGCCAACACGACGGAGAGCUUGCUCCUGCUUGCGGAGAGGAUGGAGGGUGACUACAUGGCGCUCGCCCCCAAGAUGCGGAAGUGUUACAAGCAGAGCGACAUUGAACUCUUGCAGCGCAGCUGCUGCCUGUACUUGGAAUGCGAGCGGGCCUACACGACGAGAGUUCCCAAUUCUUUUGCAGCGUCGGAGCUGCCCAAGAUCAAGAAAUCGUCACUUGACGGGCGGUUGUUGAUGAUGUUGCUGGCGGUGUAUGUUGAUCCUGUUUUUUGGUUACUGUGCAGGUUUUUGCUGCGACACUUGGACCCAGACUUGACGGCAUGUUUGGAACGCACAGUUCCUCCAGUCAACUUGGAAUCUAUCACGGCAUUCAAGAUCAGUCUGGCAAAACAUGCGAAACAGGCAGGGGCAAAGUAA